GCAGAAGCAGUGCUCUUCAACCUCGCCACCGAGAUACAGAAACUGGUCGCUUCCACCACCUAUUCCGAGAUCCAACUUGUACGCGGUGCAAGAGAUGAGCUCCAAAGUCUUAAAGAUACCAUCGAGACCAUCCAAGCUGGGCUUUUGGAUGCCGAGAAGCAGCAAUGGCACAACCUCCAGGUCAAGCACUGGCUCAAGAGGCUCAAAGACGUGAUGUACGACGCGCAGGACUUGCUCGACGAUGUAGCAACCGAAGAUCUCAAGCGAAAGGUCACUUCCGGAAACACGAUUCCGAAAGAGGUACGAGUUUUCUUCUCCAAAUCAAAUCAGCUUGCACAGUGGCUAAUAAGAUUCGAAAACUUAGGAAGAAACUGGAUCAGAUUAAAAAUGAUAAGGACUUCCAUUUAGAGCCUCAUCUGAGUGAGGCAACUGUUGCUGUUGGGAGGAGGAGGACAACUCACUCUUUUGUCCGUGACGAAGAAAUAAUUGGUAGAGAAGAGGAUCAGAAAGAGAUCAUCGCACGCUUGUUAGACUGCUCCUCCGGAAAGAGUGUUUCGUUUGUUUCCAUCGUCGGUAUAGGAGGACUCGGAAAAACCGCGCUUGCUCAGCUAGUAUACAAUGAUGACAGGGUGAAAGGCUAUUUCGAACUGAAGAUGUGGGUGUGUGUAUCUAACCUCUUUGAUGAGGAUUUGAUCAUCAAAGGAAUACUGAAAUCUGCCCAAGAUGAGUAUCAAGGGGAUCCUGAGAUGAGUAAUCUGCAAGACAUUGAGAACAAGUCUAAGGACCAGUUGCAGAGGCUACUUCGCAGGGUAAUAGACGGGAAGAAAUACUUGCUUGUUUUGGAUGACCUGUGGAAUGAAGAUCGCCAUAGAUGGUUGGAGCUCCAACGUUUGCUUAUGGGUGGUUCAUGGGGGAGCAAGAUACUCGUGACCACACGCAAUCAGUCGGUCGUGCAGGCUACAGAUGCAAAAUCAGCUAUCCAUGUUCUACGUGGGUUAUCUGGAGAGAAGUCGUGGGAGUUGUUCAAGAUGAUGGCUUUUGGAGAUGGGGAAGAAUCAUUAGACCACAAAAUGAAGGAGGUAGGCCUAGAUAUUGUUAAAAAAUGUGCUGGUGUUCCCCUUGCCAUCAGAACUAUAGGCAGCCUUUUAUAUGGCAAAAAGGAAACUGAGCGGCUUUAUUUCAAAGUGCGUGAGUUUUCCAAAAUAGAUAAAUUGAAUGAUGGAAUCAUGGAAGUUCUCAAGCUCAGCUACGAUCAUCUUCCGUCGUGUUUGAAGCAUUGUUUUGCUUACUGUUCGUUGUUCCCAAAAGAUUAUGUCUUUGAUAAACAGACAAUGAUUCAGCUUUGGAUGGCACAAGGCUUUAUUGAGUCAUUGGACGGGAAUGAGGGACUAGAAGAUAUCGGGGAUAGUUAUGUCUCGGACCUACUGUGCCGGUCAUUCCUUGAAGUUGUAGAGCUCGAUCAUGACACGAGUGAGGUGAAAAUGUUCAAGAUGCAUGAUCUCAUGCACGAUCUUGCCUUGAAAGUCGCAGGAGAUGAGUGCAAGCUAAUUAGCCUCAAUGAAGGCGACAUUGGCGGAGGAAUUCGGCAUGCAUCAUUUGCUUCAAAUUCGUCCUCGCUAAAGGAAUUGACAUCUCUAUUUGAAGCGACCAAUCUACGAACGUAUCUCUCUUUGAAGAGCACACGACCAUCUAUGCAGAACUUGUCUCAGAAUGAAUAUCAUGGAAUUUUCUACAAGUUUAUGCAUUGUCGAACGUUGGCAUUGGGCUAUGCAGAUUUUUGUAUCCCCCCUUCCUUGGGGAGUCGGUUGAAACACUUGAGAUUUCUUGAUGUUUCUGAAAACCAAUCCAUCCAGAGCUUGCCGGAUUCAGUAACAGAUUUAGUGAACUUGCAAACCCUUAAACUCUCCGGAUGUAGGAAGCUUACCAUACUACCGACAGACUUGAGAAAAUUGGUCAACCUUAGGCACCUCUUAAUUGAUGGGUGUGACUCACUGAGCCACAUGCCACCCGGGUUGAACCACUUGUCUUCGCUGCAGACUUUAUCCCAAUUCAUCGUGCAAAAGACGAACCAUAAAGUAGAUGGUGGCGUGGGGAGAGUAGAUGAACUGGGUAUGUUAGACAAAUUAGCAGGGUCCAUUACUCUUGCAAAGUUGGAGUUCCUUCAACCGGCGCCGAACAAAGGUUACUUGAGGGAAAAGCGACGUCUCCGUUCGUUGGAGUUGAAGUGGUCGGCGGACCAGCAAGAAGACAACAGCGAGAGCAAUGAAUUGAUCGUGUGGGAAAACCUCAGACCACACCCAAAUCUGGCCCAUUUGACCAUGUUCGCUUCUAUGGGCAGGAGUCCGCCAAGCUGGCUUUCCUCCAUUAGAAACCUGGUUGAGCUCAAACUCUAUACAUGUCGAAAAUGGACGUACUUGCCAUCCCUGAGUGAACUCCCUUUGCUAAGGAAGUUGAAUCUCGUGGGCUUGGCUGCUUUGGAGUUCGUUCAAGAGAUGAGCGAAACAGGUAAAACUGCACCCCUCUUCUUCCCAUCCCUCGAGAGACUAUUCCUCCUCAACUGUCGCAAUGUGAAAGGAUGGUAUGGAAGAAGGCAACUGGUUGGAGCAGAUCAGGGGCAUCACCGGUACGAUUCACAGUCUUCAUUCCCAAGGCUAGCGUCCAUGCAAAUAUCGAGCUGUCCCAACCUGAAUUCCAUGCCAUUGUUCCCCUGGAUAGAAAGCUUGAGAUUAGAUGGAGGUAGCGCAAAGUUGUUGGAACAAGAAGUGAAGGCCGCUCCAAACUGUCCAUCAGAAGCCGUGCUAGUAUCCACAUUCAUGCCUCUUUCUAAAUUGAAGAAACUAGAUUUUCAUGGUGCGGUGGAUCUGAAGCACCCAAUGCUCAGGACUCUACUUCGAUGUCUCAGUAAUCUAGAGUCCAUGUGCCUUGACCGUUGCCACAAACUAAGGAGCCUCUCUCGUGGCAUGCGGUACCUCUCCUCACUCCAGCACCUCACCGUUUGGGAUUGCAAAGAGCUCGAUUUGUCGAAGCACGACGACAUGCAUGGCACCCAGUGGUGAUCCCUCGCAAAACUCCAUGGUCUCAGAAUCGGACAACUUCCGAAAUUAGUGACCUUACCCGAGGGAAUUCGACAUGUCACCACUCUGGAGUCUCUCGAGGUCGAAUUAUGUGAUAAUCUAAUGAGUUUGCCGGAAUGGAUUGGCAAUCUUUCUUCACUACAAGAACUUGACAUAAUUAGCGGCCUACGUUUAACGUAUUUUCCUGAUGGGAUGCGCCGCCUCACCUCCUUGAAGAAAUUGAGAAUCUUUGGGUGUCCCAUUCUGGAAGAGAGGUGUCAAAUAGAAAGAGGUGCAGAUUGGGCAAAGAUUGCGCAC